AUGAGCUGCGAGAAGCCCGCAAUGCUGUCGCCGCCUGCGGACCUAACCGACGAGGAGGAAGUCUCCGCUUAUAUUAAGGAGAAAAUUUGUGUGUAUAGCAAUUUUCCCAAGCCUGGUGCGGACUUUAGCGACGUCACUUCGCUUCUGUUGGACCCUAUUGCCUUCCAGGUUGCCAUCGACGCGCUCAAGUUGCGGUAUGCGGACAAGGGCAUCACACACGUAGUUAGUACCGAAUCGAGAGGGUUUAUCUUUGGGGCACCAUUAGCGCUGGCUCUACAGGCCGCUUUUGUGCCAGUGCGUCGCGCUCGGCGACUACCAGGAGACGUCGUCGGCGUGGAUUAUGUGUCGGGAUAUUACAGCGGUCGGAUGGAGGUUCACCUGGACGCCAUCCCCAACGGAGGACGUGUUGUCAUCAUCGACGAUUUGGUUGCAUCUGGCAAAACGCUUAAGGUGACGGUCGAGCUCGUCGAAAAUCUCGGUGGAGAGGUAGUAGAGUGCGGAUGCGUGAUCAAUUCGCUGCAUUCGACGGAAUUGCUGGAGAACAUACCGUUGUACGGCCUCACGACGAUAUGACCGUCUUUUUAGAAAUGUAUGUGGCGCUAUACGACCACAUGCGAGGCAAGAUCGAUAAGGCAAAGAGUCUUUGCUUUGCCAAAGACAAUUUCGGUCUUCUGCGCUGUCGAACCGAGUGACCGCACUACAUGUACACGACUCGUAAUUCACCAGUCGUGAACAUUCAUAGACUCGCAGUCGCGUGCAGUGGAUCGUUGACCUUUA